AUGGCAAUUUUUAAUAAUGACGAAACUUUAUCAGGUCAGCCUUGGCAAUGUAUUUUACCUCAUAAUCUUAAUAAUGGGAACACAUCCAUAGAAAAUAAUUUAAUAGAAACCACUACUUUAGUUUCAACAAAUACCUUUUCAAAAUUUGAUACAAUUAAUUUAUCUUCACCUUCAUUAAUGAUUACUACCAAAACGUCUCAGAUUUUAAUCAACAACACAGUUAAUCCCACUCAAAUUCCUUCUUCUAACUCCAUAACUCAUCAUCUGUUCAUCAUUUCUUCAAUUAUCAAUUCUCAAUCAAAUUUUCCUUCCACAACUUCAAAUCAAAACAAUAAUUCUAACCUUUCCUUAAUCACACCGACAUCGUCUGUUAAUACUUUAAUAACUUCUACUUCUACUAUAAACUCUGUGACCACCACCACCAAUUAUUUAUUAAAUCCUAUUAUUAUUACUAGUACCAAAACAAUUAAUAAUAUUUCUUCAGCAUCACCAACUUCUAUUAUUAGUAUUGGUUCUUUAUUUCCUAAAACAUCUACAAUGACUAAUACUACAGAAGAAUCCAAAAAUUAUUCUAUAAAUAUUUCAUUAUCAAAAUUGGUAAAUCAAAUAUGUACUUUAAGAAUGUUGGAUAUAUUAUUAGGAUGGUUUAAUCCUUUGUUUUUCUUUUUAAUGAGUUGGGUUAUAAUGUUAGAUUUGGAUGAUUAUUGUAUUGAUGGAAUAUUUGAUAGGGUGAAAAAUAGGAAAAGAGGAGGUUAUAUGAUGCUUGGAAUUCCGAAAGAUGAUCUUAUAUUAAGAUAUGGAGUAACAAAAUAUGGAAUAAAUUUUAUUCGAAGUUUAAAUAUGGAAGAUGGACAAUGGAAGAAAAAUAUAUUAUUAAUUGAACUUGCUUCCAAAUAUAAACAUGAUUGGGCACAAAUAUUAAUUACAUUAUCAAAUAUGUAG